AUGGGGAACCAGGUGGAGAAACUCACUCAUUUGAAUUACGACGAGGUGCCAACGUCGGAUCCAAAUGGCUUCGAGCCGGACGUCGAUGAAAGACCGCGCAUCGGCGUUUCUUACAUUUUCUCCAACGACGGUGGCGACGACGACGAAGAGGACGACGACAGUUCGGAGCGCUUCCCGCCGGAGAAGGACCUGGCAAAGGACGAGGAGAAGCGUUUCGAACCCGCAGACGAGCUGGGGUGUUCGGUUUAUUUCCGAGAGGAGUGCAUGUUCGAGAGGAAUACCGGAACCGACACCCACUCGGCUGAGAGUCUCCUCAACAAGUGCAGACCCGGAGACGUGGUGGAGUUCGUGGCCACUGGACAGUACCCGCACUGGGUCGUGUACGUGGGCGACUUUCAGGUGGUCCACUUGCAUCGGGCAGAGAUUAAAAACGGCUUCCUCACAGACGUGAGUCAAGGAAAGAGGGGCCGUAUAGUCAACGGUCUCUACCGGUUCCGCGCGCUCCAGCCGCAGGUGAUCGUGCGCAACGCCGUGGACCACGUAGGCUCCAGGGAUAGAGAACUCUACUGGAGGAACUCCGAGUGCUUUGCCGCCUGGUGCCGCUUUGGCAGGCGAGAAUUUAAAAUAGGAGGCGAGAUUAGGAUCGGAAAACAACCUUACCGCUUAAAGAUGCACUUUUCUGAUAAGAAGAGCCACGUCCUGGAGUUCCAAAGUUUGGAGGACGUGAUCAUGGAGAGGAGGAGGAGUGAUCAAAUCGGGAAAGAUGCUGUUGUGCAAGAACUGGCCAAUCACCUGAACGCAACACAGGAAUUUCAAGAGGACUCAUUAGGCAAAUGA